AUGGCAGAGGCCACAGGGCCGUUGAAUAUCUCCCUAGAGGAGUCGGUACCAUUUGUUACUAUUCUUACAAUUACUGGAGUGACAUCCAUCGCGGCUAAUUUGCUAAUCGUCGGAAUAACUUGCAAGAAUUCUCAAAGGAGAAAGGUGCAUGACUUGUUCACCUUGCAUAGCAGUUUAGUGGAUUUGCUAACCGCAUCAGUGGUGGUACCAUUCUGGAUUUUGUCCACCAUCCACAGUAGAACAAAUUUCGUGGGUGAUAUCUAUUGUAAAGUCAGCGCUACCUUAGGCCUAGUGGAACUCUUGGCUCCUGCUAUGUUCCUGAUGCUGGUUGCCACCAGCAGGCAUUGUUCAGUUAUCGACAAGAUGGCUUUCCCCAGAAUAUUCAGCGAUUUUAGGUCAAAUCUGAUGGCUGUGAUUGUAUGGUUGUUUUCAUUUUUGAUCAGUAUUCCUCCCCAUAUUGCAUGGUCAGCUUCUCCGGAGAUCCACUGUCUCCCAGAUUUGGUGACUAAUUCUUGGUAUACCACUUCAGUUCUAUCAUUUUGCUUCCUAUUGCCGCUCAGCGCAGCGUUCUACACACACAUUUAUGACAUUUUCAUCUUUCAACCGGAGCGAAUGAAGCGAGAUGACUCAAUGAGGAGACGUUGCGAGAUUUAUGGGCUGCGAGGAAGCGAGCGAACCACUCAGAAAGUGUUUUUUGUGAUUCUUAUCAUUCACACAUGCUGUUGGGCGCCCUACUUAUGCGUGGCAUUGACCCAGGCGAUGAAUGGAGGUAAAAUAUAUUACACAGGAAAAUUUCCAAUCCAUUUUGUCGCCUUGGUGGUGGCAUUGACGGGUACCGCGCUUAAGGGAGUUGUCUCGUGCUUUGAGUUACCUGAUUUGAAAGAAUCGAUCAAGAAACAGUUUGGAUGUGUGGAGCAGGAGGAAAGUGAGGGGAAUACGACCAGAAUAUUCGAAGUUUAAGCAAAGAUGUACAAACUUCCGAAAAGCAUUUUGUGGGAGGGGUAGGUGAAUCCUUGAGGGCUUGCGUUGGCUUAACGGCUCAGAAAAUUAGAUUGUAAUCACGUGUAAACAACAACAACUUUAGUCUAGAUGAACUUUAGGAGUAGUUUUAAAGCUACAUCAUCAAAAAUUUAUAAAGAUUGGCCAAAAGGCCGUUGAAUGCCUGUGUCUUAACAAUGCACCAAAUUACGGUGUAUCUGGUUUUUACGCAUAUAACCUUACCUUUAACAGAACAGUACACCCACAUAUCGAAUGCAUUUACUGAGGCUCUAGAGGGUUUUAGUAUUUUUGUUUAGUGGUCAGAAGCUUAAAUCGGUCUCACAGUUGAAAUAUAAACAUCCGCGGACAGGUAUACCGCUAAUAGCCAAACAAACCUUGUAAUUUCUCAUUUUUGCUUAGCCGAAAAACUAAAAAGCUGUAUUACUGUAGAUAUGCUAUAUAAGAAAUUUUUCUUAUUUGAAAGUAUAAUUUUGUAAUAUCACUGCGAUAAAUGGACAGCUAUUAAAAAAAGUUGGCUCAAAUUAUAGUAUAAGUUUGCCAAAUUAGUGUUUGCUAAGAUGUCUGUUUACUCGUUAAAGCUGCCAAACCAAGACGAUUUACAUACAUAUUUAUGCGUAAGAAUCAAGCGAUUCGUGAAUUGGUUCAGUGGAGGUGUGGUUAACUUUGUUAUUCCCGCCCUUCAGCUUAAAAAAAGACAAUUAAAGCUCCUGAAAUCAAAGGGGAUUUUCCGCACGAAAAGUGCCGAAUUCGUCUGUUUUUUAAACAUAGAUUGUAUGGGAGACAUCCCUAAAUGUUUUUAUUAUUUCAACUAACAGCGCUACACCAAAAUCACCUGCCGCAUUGAAAUAGAACGGGAAAAGAUCGGAUUUAACGAUUACUUUAAGAAGAUGAUGCCCACAACUGGAGUUCUUUUUAUGCAUUUUUCAUAUUCUACUAAACACAAUGGCUUCUUGUUUCAUUGCGCUGUCUUUCGACUAUGAAAUGCAACAUUGCUCAGUGAAACUGACUUUGUCAUGGUGUGAAGACAAAAAAAGUAAACUUGACAGCAGAAAUAGUCCCAUAUCUUUGCAAUUUUGCACAGGCUUGAACAUGAGAUGUAACAAAACAGUGUUUAUGAACAAUUGUUAAAGAGCGUGGUAUACCAUUAAAUUUGUUUAUGUCGUUAUUCUUGCAGCUCAGCCGGCGGUCCACCCCAGGAGUAAAGCGAACAUAUCCGAAAUCAACGGGGUACCACUUCGCUUUCUAUGCUGACAUGCACUUCUCGCCAAAUUCUCGCGUAAUUUCCACAUAUGCAAAAUUUUCUAUCAGGUAAUAUGUGAACUUGGCAAAAUAAAUAGCGUAAGGUAAAUAUUUAUUCGGCAAGCAAAUUGGGAAGUAUUCAAUAAAAUUAUUUUAUUUGUGAGUUGCACUCACUGCUCUUGUGUUUACUCAUCAUGAAUAUAUAUUAAUUUAUUAUGUUUUCGCAUAUAUAUGUUAUUGUUUUUAGGUUUUCGUAAACGCGAAUCGAAUCAGACAAACAAAUAACCUGUGGCUGCGUUUUGUUUCGUUUGAAAGGUUCACUGAUGGAAAACGUUAUCGGUGUAAUCGCUGAUAUGAUUUAAAUGGCCUCCUAAUUUUCGCCUUGUUAAACCUCGAAUAAACCUGUGUUAUAAUGCAAAUUUACUCAACCAAUAAAUGAUAAGCACGGCCAGUUAGUAAAAAGCAUCAACAAGCUUGCAAUUGGUUAACUUGCUGCAUUCGCAUUCAUUCCACACACCUUAUAUCUGCUUACAACCGGGGCCUGUACUGUUUCAUUGAAUUUAUGGUCAGAACCAAAAUGAUUUGAGUUUUUAUGACUUUCUAACCAUCCAUUAUGAAAUAACAAUCCAAUCAAGGUUCAACUCCUUUUGAAACAUCAAAGUUAACAAGAUUUCCGCGCAGCCCCAUGCUUCAUCACAGCUCUUGGAUAAAGAAAACACCGGCGGAAACAAUUCAUUGCCUUUAGGACUGCGGCUUUGUUUUUGAAUAAAUAAAGGAGAUAAGUUUCUAAAUAAAUUGUGGUGCUGCGUCAGUGGGAGAGUAUAACAGGGUAAUUAAGUGUUAUCAACUGAUUUGCCAACGUAAAUUGGCCACCGUAAAAAGUUCAAAGGCUGACUUUUGGAGCGCUUAGCCCUUCGUCAGAGCUAUGACAGGAAAAGAAAUAACUAUACAGGGCUUUUGCAUGUCUUGUAAUUGGAAUGAGUAGAACUUAUCAUUUGUUUUUGAAUAGUAUGGUGCAGCAAUCUAUCUGAAAUUUAUUUCUCCGAGUUUGGCCGUGCCACUUAAUAAAAAAACCGUUCUCAGUCAUUUUCAGUUUCAUUCUGAUUUCAGAUCACAUCCUUCUCAAAACAGACUUCCUGCUUUUGACCAAAAUUCUCAUUGACAUAGUCAUCGACCACAAAAAGCUGGAUAUCUGCAUCAUUAAAACCACUAAACAAAUAUAUAUACAAAUAGAUUGAACUACGCUUAAUCACCCACAGAGGAAAAAAGAAAACAAAUAAAAAAACUAACUCCCACGUAUUCCAUCUUAUCCCUGACAACUUCAAAUUUGUGUUUGCGAAGCAAACUGCGUUGAAAGCUUUGGCAGUUGAGCACCUAACCUUGUUCAAAAAAAAAUACUCUUUAAAUAUAUACCGCUCUGAGUCGUUUCUCAAAAGUUCGGUUUUUCUGUAGGGGUGUGAUGACUUUUUUCCUUUUUUCGAACAUUUAAAUGAGCGGUUUUUGUGACGUUGAUUGCUUAAGAUUUGAAAAAGGGGGUAAGUUUCAAGAGAAACUAUAAUGGUGCGUCGGUGGAAGAGUACUAAAUUACCCUGCUCAGGCUCAGGCUCAUGAGAGGAUCAAAGGAACUCGGAGCAGCCAAAUUCUUCGGGUUUUUCCACCGUUGGAUAAUAAUCUAUCCAAUUAAUUUCCAAUUAAUCUCAUUUUUUUAGGAUUUCCAACCCUUGCCUCUAGUCAAAAAUCCGAGAUUUGGACUGGGCUCGAAUGCUAGGUCACUAAGUCUUCGCCCUGAAAAUCAUAGCCGUCCACCCCACCAUAACUCCUUCCUCUUAGAAUUACACAUGGCGCCUAAGGAGAAGGGUAAGAACAUUGAUCUAAAAGUAUGCGAUUUUUACAAUAUAGCAUUAACUUUUUUCGACUUCUGAGCCGCGAAUAGUAACAUGAAUAAAUAAAGACGACAAUUUGGUAGUGAGCGAUUAUCCUGUUGAAAAACUGUGCUAGAAAUGGGAUUUGUUGUUCGAUGUUGCAUUCCACGUGUGGCUAAUAAAUGUUCAGAUUUUCCUUCGAGUUUAAACCAUUUUAGCUUCGAUCAUUGUGUAUUUCAUGCACAGUGGAGGCUUCUUAGAUGAGGGACGUGGCAACCAUUUGAGGCCAGUCCGGAGGGUUUUAACGAAUCAGCAGACAUACUAUCACAACCAACUUCUUGUCUGUACCUUCAUUUAUCAACAUUAGUCCUCAGUUAGCUUUGUAGAAAAAUUGUACAUAACCGUGAAUUACUCCCGAAUAACGUUUUUUAAUAAAUAAAUCAUGAACUUCAAAUGUGGCUCUGCCAAGCAUAUGCCUUCCUUAUACCUUUGUAUUAAAGUAGAGGUGAAUGCAAAGCCUUUGCUAUGAAGAUGAUUUUUCUUACGCACAGAUAUAACUCAUUUUCGUGAGAAGGUUUUGCACCUGGUCUCAUUUGAAUAGUAAGGGGUUUUGGAUUUGGAAAUGGUAUAUCUUUCUUAUAGACUUUGACUGCGUUUGGCAGCUGGUUGCUCCUCAGCCUGUUUGAACUUGUCACUACUGAUAUUUUGUGCUCUGUUUGAUUUUACUGUCCUCAAAAAGCCCUCCGGGGAGUUGUUAUUUUGGUUCUUUUAUGGAAUGUUAAUUGAAAGGGGAGACAAUUUUGGAAAAAAAUGUCAUUCAGACUGGCUGAUUAACUCCAUGUUUCAAAAAGUCUUGCUGAAUUUUUGUUUUUGUUGUGGUUUCAGGAAAGUCAAAAUCUGGUGCCUCUGUUAAGUCCAGUGAGACAUCUAAGGCCCAGAAGGCCAAGAAGUCUGUACUGAAAGGUGUUCAAAGAACACAGAAAAGGAAGGUGCACAAAUGUCCACUUCUACCGUCCCAAAAACCCUUCGCUUGCAAAGAACUCCCAAAUACCCAAGGCACUCUGCUCCAAGGACCACCAAACUUGAUCACUUUGCCAUCAUCAAGCAUCCUUUGA